GAAAAAGCGUGUGCAUGUAUGAGAGGAAGACACGCAGAAAGGACCUCAUUGAACAAGUGCACACAUAUUAAUCAACAUGACAAAGACCGGUCCUGUAGCAUCUAUGGACUAUUCCCAUUUGUGGUUGCCAGAUAUCAGAAUGUCAAAACCAAUAGAGGUUGACAAUCCAGCAGCAGACUCUCCGAUGGAGAGUAGAGACUCCGAGAGAAAUGGCUCAGAUUCUAAUAACCAGUUUCAGCCAAUGAAAAUCAACCCUUUCUCCCAUUCUCCCACACUGAGCAGUAGCACCAAGAUGAAGGUAGAGGAUUGUUGUGAAAUGUCUCGUGCUCCUUUACAAACUACACAUGCUCAGACGCCCCUUUCCCACACACAGCUAAUGCUAACGGGUGGCCAGCUGGCAGGGUUGACUGCACUCUUACCUGCACAGCAACAGCUGCUCUUACAGCAGGCGCAGCUCCUUGCAGCAGCUGUGCAGCAGUCGCAUGUGGCUCAUGCAGCCAAUCAGCAGCAAGCACAGCAGCAUGCCAAUCAGCAGGCAGCUCAGUCACAGAGCCAAUCCCAGAACAUACAAGAACAAACUGCCACCCCUGUCCCGCCUCCUCAUCACCAGCUCCCUCUUUCUCAGCCAAUCCAGCUCACUGCCCAGGACAUUCAGCAGUUGUUGCAGCUGCAGCAGUUAGUCCUUGUUCCAGGACACACUCUGCCUUCACCUGCACAGUUUCUUUUACCACAAACACAGCAAGGGCAGCAAGGGUUGCUAUCAACGUCAAAUUUAAUUCCACUACCUCAGCAAAACCAAGGAAGCCUGCUGACCGCUCCACCCAGACUUGGUCUUCAAGCACAGCGAGAGAAGGUUGCGGAAAACAGUUUGAACACAGUGACUCCGGUGGCCUCUCACCCAGAGGAGCCCAGUGACCUGGAGGAACUGGAGCAGUUUGCUCGCACAUUCAAACAGAGAAGAAUCAAGCUGGGCUUCACACAGGGUGAUGUGGGAUUGGCCAUGGGCAAGCUCUAUGGGAAUGACUUCAGUCAGACCACCAUCUCUCGAUUUGAGGCCCUCAAUCUCAGCUUCAAAAACAUGUGCAAACUCAAACCUUUGUUGGAGAAGUGGCUCAAUGAUGCAGAGACAAUGUCGAUGGACAGCACAUUGCCAAGUCCCAGUGCUCUCUCCUCUCCUUCAAUGGGGUUUGAUGGCUUGCCUGGUCGCCGCAGGAAGAAACGCACCAGCAUCGAGACUAACGUCCGUGUUGCUCUGGAACGCAGCUUCAUCACGAACCAGAAGCCUACCUCAGAGGAGAUUCUGCUCAUUGCCGAGAAGCUCAGCAUGGAGAAGGAGGUGAUCCGCGUCUGGUUCUGCAACCGCCGACAGAAAGAGAAACGUAUUAACCCCUCCAGUGCCACCCCUCCUUUGCCAAGCCAACCCCAGCCCACCUCACACAAACCCCCCUGCUACAGCCCGCACAUGAUCCCCAGUCAAGGGCUGUCCCAGACAAUGACGAGUCUCAGUACAGCAGUGACAACCAUGUCAUCAGUUGGCCCUUUGACCUCAAGUGGGCCCUCCUUAAGCUCCACCCCUUCUCCUGCGACCCCGCCUCCCCGUAAUGAUACCAGCCCUGCACCGCCGAGUCACAGUACACUAAGAUUGAACACAGGUUCAUGGCAUAAAAAGAAUGGUGACGUUUCUAACUACAUCACAGAUUUUGCUGCAAGUUUGAGGAAUACGAUGAGGAGAGUUAACACAGGAAUGAACCAAGCUCUUCUUGGCAACAACCCACUUGCUACUAUCCAAGCACUGGCAGCCAGUGGUGGCCAGCUGCCCAGUUCCAGUCUUGAGGGCAGAGGCAAGGUGUUAAUCGGUGGUUCUGGGGGCCAAGGAGCAGGUCUCCCCACUUCCCUCUUCCUUAACCACUCCUCUUUGUUGACCAGCAUGGGAUUAGGCAGUUCGGCUGUUGCCCAUUCUGCCAAAACAUCAUUUCCUGUCACAGGCGGCAUGAGUCCCUCUCCUUGCUCAAGCCCUGCCUUGUCCUGCUCUUCCAGUGAAUUGGUACACAGCCCCCACUCAAUGGGAGGGGCUAAAAUUGAGUGACAUUGCCCAUAGGCCAAUCACAGAAAUAGGAGGAGGAGAAGGAGGUGAAACCACACCUGUCAACCAAAGCAUCCCUAGAUCCCCUCCCUCCCUUUAAUUUCCUCUCUUUCACACUCACUCUCUUCCUUUCUCUCGCUCACUGAUGCCAAAAAUAUACAAAGUAGAAGAGGAGAGAGAUGGAGAGACAGAGUUGGAGGAGGAAGGAAGAGGAGAGAAGGGAAUGCAAAAAAUAAAACACAAAAAAAAAAAAAACACCACGCAUGCAUUAGCAGGAUGCAGCCAAAUUCAUUAAUAAAAAGAAAACAAAUAACGUUUUGAACAAAAAGUACAUAUGGACAAAAGGAGAUUCUUAGAUUCUGUGUGCACCAAAAACAACAGAAGAAAGAACUUUACUGUGUGUUGUUGAACAAUAGCAACGGGUCUUAGAUUUCAACUCUUUGAUGCAAAGGUGAAUUACUGAAUACCAAAAAGUAUAAUGGAACUUUAAGAGACUCAUUAUGAUAAAAGAUACAAGCAUACUGAAAUCUCAAAUACCAAAAACAAACACCAAAAAUACGGAUGGAAAAGCUUUAUCCAAAGGACCUGUAAAUAGCCGACCGUCUAGGACCAGAUCCAGUGAAACAAUCCAGCCAUCAUCACAUCUGCCAUGCAAUCAUACUGUUUAUCCAUCAUUCCUGUUUUCCAUUAUGUUUUUAUGAUUGAAUGAUUUUUUUCAUUGUAAAUUGUGCAUUAACGAUUACAUUUGAGUUAGCCAGGCUCAAAUGCUCUAGUCUUAACUUUCUGUGGUUCUUCCUCGUUUUUACUUAAUUGUUUUACAGAAAGUUGCAGGUUUUCCAUCAACAAUCAUUCAAGUCUUUCUUGAAUGUUUCAGUACAUUUGGUCAUCAUCAUCUUCAUUUCAUGCCUUAUUGAGUAUAUAGAGAGUGUUGGAUCUUUGUUGUUCAUCAUAUUAGCACUGCAAGUGUUUGCAUUGAUUGAUGCAGCAUCUACUUGUAUAUCCCAAGACAUGAACGUUGUAUAGUGCUGCAAAAGUGAGACCAAACCCUCUAAUCAUGCCUCUAGUUUAAGUAAGAGUAAAUAUUCUAAUUUCUAUCCAAUUAAUAUCAUUUCCAUUUCUUCAUUCAUUUAUCAUAUGCCUCCCUCACUCCCUUUUGAAAACCAAAGCGAUUAAUUCAUACACAUUAUCAGGUCAUUAGUCAUGUGAUGCAGAAAGAGAUCAGGGCCCCGAACCUUGACAACCCCACUCAAAAACACACAUGGGAAAUGUCUGGGAUCUGUCAUGUUGAAGGCGCUCCCAUCCUCUUUGCUUUUUCUACAAGCCAAAAUAAUUAAACAAAACUUCACAGCCAGCCAAACUUCCACUAACUCUAAAAACAAAACCCAAAAACAAACCAAGCCAAAUAUGGACGGAGAGGGAUAGAGGAGAAAACGAGUUGUUGUACAGACAAACAUUAUUUCCUUCAGGCAUAUCUGAAUCAAGGUCCCACAACCUUGUAGCAAGGGAUUGAUAGAUGGAAUGAUGAUUCCACCUGCCUCUGCCUUUUGUCAUUCAAACUCUUCCUGGUCCUGGGAGGUGGGAUCUUUGAUGACCUCACUAAACUCAUCUGAAAAAGAUGUUACGGGGUUGGGAGGGUUGUUAUUUGAGUUUUUUAUGUUCUGUCUGUCUGUUUUGUGGGGGUUUUCUCUGCUGUGUGUGUAGAUACUGUACUUCUUCAUUUGUGUACUAUCAUUUGGGAAUAGAAAUCUAAUUUUGUAACCUUCCUUACUCGUUCCUAUCUAGUUGUGUUAGAGACUCCUAAUCAGGUGGUUGAAACAAUACUGUGAAAAUUCAGUACAACAGAUGAAAAAGACCAGGACAAACACAUACACACCACACACACUCACUCAAGUACAUCCAAAGAACCAAAGUCAAUACAAGCUUUAAAACUUUUAAAAGAACCAAAUAUCAUAUGAUCUACUCUCAUCCAACCAAAGGUCACCACUUUACAGUUGUAUUUAUAGCGUGCUGCAAUCUGUAGUUGAGCACUGCAGGUUCAAUUAAGGAUGGAAUACAUGAACUCAAAUCUCUAUGUUACCGUAUAGUCAGAAUGGGUCAGUUAGUGCUUCUAUAGAUUUUGUAGUAAAUGAUCUAUGUUAUAAUGCUUACUUAUUGCUAAUGUAUGGAAGAAACCCGUUGUGAAAAGAUUUUAAAAAAUGUUGAUAUUUAGACCAAAAAUUCACACCAUCUCUCUUUUGGGUUUUUGUGUCUUCUUCCUCCCCCAACUGAAACAAAUGUAUUUCUUUAUUUAUUCUUCUCUUGCUUUUUUUGAGAAUUUUCUUAUUUUUUUUUUAUUUAUUGAAUAUAUGCUGUUUUGUAGUGGGUGUGUUUGAGGCACCAGAUUGUAUUAAAAUGUAAACUUCCUUUGCCAAAGCAACCUUUCAAUCCAAAUCCAUCGACAAAUGCAACCACUGGUCCUAAUUGACCAAGCGUGACAGCGUAGAGGUGGACACUUGUCUUCUCAACCUCUGAGCUGUUUCUUACAAGACAAAGCCUGCGAAGGGGUAACCUAUCAGGGGAAAAAGCAGCACUGUGUUUCAUCUGCUAAAAUGUUUUAGUAGCGUUAAAUCACAACAUUGAAGUAACCUUCCAGAGUAAAAGUAUGCACUGCCAUGUUUUGAUAGAAAAGUGAGGAAGGGAUGAGAUUACAAUCUUGACAAGAUCAAUUGUACAUCCUGUACUGUCUUUUGACUGUUCACCUACAUUGUAUCUCUAUGUACCUGUCUCACCACAGAUGGUAUUAGCGAUUGUGUUGUUCUGGUUCCUGUUGUGAUGGCUACCAUACAUGUGUGACAAUGUUGAGCACAGUGCUGCCAUUAGCCUUGAACUGAAAGCUUUAAACAGCUACAAAACCAAAAACUUUUGGAGAGGAAAGAUGGAGGGAUUUGGGUGGAAGAUGCAUAUGGGGUUCCAUAAGUGAGGGAGGAGAGGAGAAAACACAGCAAAAUGGAUGUAAUUGUAUGAUAGUGGGAAUGUAUCAGUGCUAUCUCCAUCUUCCUCUCUGUUGCUCUGUGCCUCACUCCUCCUCUUUGUCCUAUUUCUAUUCCUGUUUUCUUUAUUAUUAUGAUUUUUUUUAGCUUGCUUGUUGUUUUGUCUCCUGGGUAGGGGUUGUAAAAGAGAGAUAGUUUCUCAAAUACCUCACUCUCUUUAACAACAAACCAAAUAGAUGAAUGCUUUAAACAGAGAAGUGGGCUGCAUCUGCCGGUAGGGGACAGAGAGAAGCAUUCUGAUUGGCCAGAGCUGAGUGAUCAUGAAGGUAAAUGUUAAAACUGGAAGGUUUAGAUGAAAGAUCAAGGAAGAUGACAGAACUCAAACUGUUUUGAUGCCAAUUUGAUAAAGAAAAAAGAAACCUGUUUUGUGUUUAGCCUGUAAGAAUCAGACUUAUUUUAUAUAAGCUCUGGCCUGUUCACUUUCUCUGUCCUGCACCAGCUUUUCCAGUCACCAAACACACAGGGCAGGACAUGACACGAGGGCCAUUGCUAGUGGUGUGAAAAGUCCAGGGGGCCCCACAAUAAAUUCUAAACUGUAUUUUUUAAUAGGAAAGUGGCCCAGAGCAAUGAAAAAGUCAGGGGGCCCAGAUUACCUUGCUACGGGCCUGCAUGACAGACACCUUUAUAUAUAUUUAUAUAUAUAUAAUGUGUGUGUGCAUGUCAGAAAGGUGAGUGAGAGAGGGUGGUGACUGUUGUUGCUAGGUGACAAAUUUUAUGUAAAAAAAUGAAGGGAGCAGAGGAAUAUAAGUGAAUCCCUCUUAAUCUUGCUUUAUCUUUCCUCUUGACUAGUCAGGCACAGUAUUGGGCAUCUUUAAAACUUCUCUCCAUUGAUAUGCAAGUAGUAAGCACAGUGUAAGGGACUGUGUUCACAGUGUAGGGUCUCUUUAGUGGUGUGAAUCUCCAGAGCAUGAUACCAAAGCAACACACCACUGUGAGAUCAAACACAACACACACUCCCUGAAAACCUGUUCAGAUUUUCCUCUUUGAUUUUGGUUUUGGGUAAAAGACUAAAUGGAUACCUUGUGUUUGCUUUGCUCAAACCUCACAAAAUUUUCUAAUUACAUCUUCUUUUUUAGUUUAAUGACAGUAAUCAGAUUUGAAGUAAUAUUAAAGUAAAUAAACAAUCUCAAAAAAGAAAAAAAAAAAGAAGAAUCGGACACUGCCUGACCAAGAGAACUCUAUACCUUUCUCGUUUCACUGUCUCUCUCUCUCUUUCUCUCACUGUGUGUGUGUGUGUUUGUGUGUGUGUGUGUUAUAAAUGUAAAAAAAAGACCAGCUUCAGUCCAAAGGUGUUUAAAAUUAUUAAAAUAGCAAAGAAUACAAACACUUCUAGUUAAACCAAAGAACUAUACCAACAUUUUUAACUGUUUUUUUUUUUUUUAAUUUUAUUUUUUUUUUUACUAUUUUUCUGUCUCCUUCCCUGGUCACCUAGCAACCCAGUUUCUUACAGUAUAACCUCAGCUAUCCAAAGUGACAUACAAUGAUAACAUUUAUAUUUUUAAUUAUUUGGGGGUAAAUCUUCAUGAUGAUGAUGAUGAUCUUAAAGACAAGACUUGGUAUUUCUGUGAUUAUUUUUUGCCCCAUGUUUAUCUUUUUUCUGGUUUGUGAUCUGUCCCCUAAAUCUUUUCCCUGAUUUCAUGUUCACUGCUCACUCAUAAGUGCGUAAAUGAGUGUGUGUGGGUGCGUCGUUGUCUGUGCGUACAUAUGUUUAUGUGCGCGUGAAUGCAUGUUGCACGCUCUAAAAUUGGACUUGUAUUUGACACAUGCAGUUAUUUUAGGAGUGUGGAUAGGGGUGAAUGUGUGUGUUCCUGUUGAUGGUUGUUCUCAUGUUUUAACCCUUUUCAUUGUUUAACCUAACACUAACCGUAAUCUGUUUUUUGUUCUCCCUGAGUUGAGCAGUCCUUUAUUCCUUCUCUCUGUCCUCUGUGUCUUUUUUCCCCUCCCUAUG